AUGAGUAGUGAUGGAGCGAAGAGGCUUGGGGAGAAACUGCUGAUGGAGGUGGAUGUUGAGGAUUUGAGCUCGGUCUUCAGAUCUCUUCGAGAGUUUGUUAUAAGCGAGGAUAACGUUACCAUUGGCACGAACACCACCCAAACAUCACAUUUCAAUGUCCCGGAGAUUGACCGUCUCAUUUCUGGCUCAGAUUCCCCGAUCCUUGAAAUCAUUUCCUCACCACCAACGCAACACCCCUCUGGAGCCGGGAAAACAUCACUUCUCUAUUUCAUGAUUGCCCACGCCAUACUCCCCCCAACUUUCCGCGCCGUCUCAGUAGGCGGCCAAGGGGUAGCCGUCGUUCUUUUCGACCCACUACAUCACUUCAGCAUCCUUCGAUUAGCAGAAACAAUGCUGUCACUCGUAAAUUCGCAACUCCUUUCCACAGACCUGGAGAUCAAUGAACCCCUAAAAGUCGAUGUCAAAAUCAUGGUCAAGACCGCACUCCAACAUCUCCAUGUCUUUUACCCUAAGUCCUGGCCUUCUCUGCUAGCCACUCUUGAUUCCCUACCAGACUACCUGUUGAACCAGACGACUCCACACAAGAGUAUGCACCGCCGUAUCCAGUCCAUUGUCUUGGAAGACAUCGACGCUUUUAUCUGGUCGAUACGAAACACAAACACUUCUUCUGUCUCCAUGUCGUCAAAUACUUUGGCAGUGGCAUCCACACAACUCAUAAUCCGCCUCACCAAGCUAAUCAAACUACUCUCCUGUGGCGCGGUACUUACAUCGCAUUCUACUUCACAAUCAUCAUACAGGCCUGCUUUACCUACGUCAUGGCCUCAAGGUACGUCGGUCACGCGAUUAGCAAUCCGCCGUGUAGACGUACCCAAGUUUGCUCCAGCAAUCAGUGUCGAAGAGGCUGAAAAAGAGAGACUGCAGCGUUGGGAGGUAGUUAGUCGGGGGCGGUUUGAGUGCUGGAAGGUAGGCGCAGGCGCAAGAGAUGGCGAGGGUUUUGCUUUCAGGGUUGGGAAGGCAAUCGAGGUGGAGAGAGGAGGUCGAGGGUGA